AUGUCCGACCAGAGUCCUACAGCAAUUUUAAUCAUCCAUGGAGCCUACUUCCUCCCAUCAAGCUGGCAGCCCCUAAUCAACGGCCUUUCCCACUCCCAAUUCACCAUCCGCUGUCCCCGUCUCCCCAGCUGUGGCGACGAACGGCCCCCAAAGGCCACGCUUGACGAUGACGUCGCCGCCGUACGCACAGCAGCCAAGGAACUCAUCAAUGCCGGCCACAACAUCCUCGUACUUGCCCAUUCCUAUGGCGGAAUCGUCGCCAGCGAAGCUAUAACCGAAGAGUUAUAUCCCAAUAGCAAUCGCAAGGGCAUCGUCUCCCUUGUGCUACUAAGUGCAUGGCUGAUCCAACCGGGCGAUACCCUGGAAGACGUGAUCAAGAAAUACGGUUUCCAGUGUGAAGUAGAGCUGGGGAAUAACGGGGACGGAACUGUCUUUGCGAAGAAUGCGCCGUCUUCGUUCUAUAAUGACAUAGAUCCCGUGGUAGCGUGGGAAUUGGCCAAGGAGAAUGUCACGCAUAAUUGGUUCGCUGCGUCGGGGAAGAUUACGAGGGCUCCAUGGAAGGAUAUACCGACCCUGUAUGUGUUUUGUCUGCGGGAUUUGGCUAUCAUGGUGCCUUUGCAGCGGAGUAUGGUGCAGGAUGCUGUGGAUGCUGGCGGGGAUGCCAGGUUUGUUACCGAGGAGAUUGAUUCGGGGCAUUGUCCUUUUGUGAGUAGGCCGGAGGAAGUGGUUCGAGUUGUGGAAAAGGCUCUUCGUGGAUUGGAGUGA